AGCUUUAUUAUCAAUCAAUGGAGAUAACUCUUCAAAGUUCGAAAAUUUCUUUCUCAGGGCUUUCAGGAUCAUUGCGUGCUCAUGCCGUAUCUGGCAUCUUGGCCAAAUUGUUGCCUUUGAUUUCAGUGAGUUAGGUCAAUUUCUUGCUGUGUAGAAGUGUUUUAUAUGCCCAGAGACACAAAUUGUCAGGAACAUUGAUUUCGCGGCUGUCUGUUGUAUUUACUUCUGGUAAUACAGACAGACAGAGAGACAAAGAGAUUGAAACAGUUCCAUAGUGGGUCGCUGGUUUUUCGAAUUGCAAAGUUGGGCGUGCAUCGGCAAAACCAUCUCGAGUGGUACCUUUCCUGGCGCCGAGGUGAUCAACUUGGCUCUGGUUUCUCGGUCAACAUGUUAGGAGGAUUGCUCUGAAGAGAUAAAAGACAUGGUGGAGUCCGGUCCUAAUGGGGCGACCACGCGGCGCUUGCCGAGUUGGAUGCUGGCCCCGCAGGCUGAUGAGACGGUGAACCAGGCCAAUGAGGCCGCGCAUUUAAAUGAUGGAGUAUGUUCUAAAGCUCGGUCCACGAGAAAGCCCAAAAGCCAGGUGCUGCUCAAUGAAAACGAAAAAUUGAAGGAUAAGCCAGGGGUUGUUGCAGAAGGUGGAAGGAAGAGAAGCAAAAAGAAAGCAAGCCCAGAGGAUGCAGGUUCGGACGGUGAGACUCGAGAAAUGGUUGCAGAGGGAAAAGAGAGCAAGAGGUGUACCAAAAAGGUCCGAAAAUCAGCGCCUCGAGGAAGAAGUAGAAGAAGAAUAAAGAAAGAAAAUAUGCCUGUUCCAGAGGAUAAUGAGUCGUCUGAAAUUACUUGUGCUGAACGUGGCAGUGAUGAUUAUGAUUUGGACCUUACCGUGGAUGAUCUAAUGAGCAUUGCUAAUGAGUACAUUUCUGCUGAUAUGGAUCUGAAGGAUCAAAAACCUUCUCGGGGAGAAUCAAGAAAUGAAAUUUCAACGACAGAAGAGAGAAGUGUGCAAGUGAAUCCUGUUGAUGCCAUCCGCAGUGACCCGAAACCUCCUUCAUCCUCAGCAUGUCUGUCUCAAAGUUCCAAGGAAACCAUGUCGAGUGAAGAGGCUGUUGUCCCCUUCGAGACGACGGGGGACCCUGCUCAAGACAUGCUGAAUUUGCUCCUCGGGCCGCUGCUAAAGAAGCAUGUCGACAAGGACGAAAAGAAGGAUGAGCUUUUGACAAGUAGCAUGUCAUUUACGAAAGAGUUUAGCCAAAAGCAGACCACGGACGGUGUCAGGGAAACAAUCCCCCAAGCAAAGAAGAAGACUAGUCUCAAGGACAAGAUUGCAAUGUUUCUUGAAUGAAGAUAACUCUCAAUUUCCAUGAUUUUCCAAAAGUUUAGGAUUCGAACUGGUCGUGAUUCAUAUGUACAGAUGAUGAUUCAUUUUUUUGUCUAUGUAGUUAUCGGGCGAGGCCACCCAUAAACAAACGAAAUUCACCAACAACUUGUACAGAUAUCUUUUGCUAUGACAAUUGUCUUCUUCCUUUGAUAGUGGAAUUAUCAAGUA